AUGGCCAGCAGAAUGAGAAUCGGCGUCGAUGUCGGAGGUACAAAUACAGACGCCGUGCUUCUAGAUCCAAGGCGUCAUGCUGAACAAAGCCGUGGCGUUCUCGCUACGCACAAAACUCCCACCACGCCUGACACCACCUCAGGUGUCGAGUCUGCCAUCCACGCAGUCUUGAAGGCAUCUGCUGUCCCACUUGACCAGCUUGCUUCCGUCACGAUCGGAACCACGGCUUUUCUCAAUGCCGUCAUACAGAGGGAAAGCCGCCAUCUGAGCCGCGUUGCAGUUUUGCGCUUGUCUAAAAGUUUUUUGCGUGACGUGAAGCCCUUUUCGGAAUGGCCUCCUGACCUUGCGGCAAUUAUCCAAAGCUACGUGGGUUACGUCGACGGUGGUCUGAACAUCGACGGUACUGAGGAGGCCCCUAUCAGUGCGGAUGAGGUUGUGCAGGCCUUGUCUGAUAUCCGUGCCCGAGGAGUCACAGCAGUAGUCGUGGCUGGCGUCUAUUCACCCAUAGACACCCAGUUUCAGCAAGAGGAAAGGGUCAAAGAUAUCAUUCUUCGUGAAAACCCAGGUAUUGACGUGGUGUGCUCCCACGAGGUUGCAAAUAUUGGAUUUCUAGAACGAGAGAAUGCAGCAAUCCUCAACGCAGCUAUUUUGCGAUAUGCCAGAAGAACUGUUCGACGUUUUCAAUCGGCCAUGGCCCGGCUAGGCUUGUCCAAAUGCCCCUUGUACCUAACCCAAAACGACGGAACUCUACUCGAUGCAGUAACAGCUGCUCGUAUCCCCAUACGCACAUUUGCUUCCGGAGUUACAAAUUCAAUGCGUGGAGCUGCCUAUCUAUCAGACCGUACGUUUGGUAAAGACAGGUCAGCCUCUGCCGUUGUCGUCGAUAUUGGUGGGACAACGACCGACGUAGGCGUUUUGCUUCCAUCUGGUCUUCCUCGACAAGCUUCAACAUACGCUUCUAUUGCAGGAGUGAAGGUGAAUUACUCUUUGCCACACCUUCAUUCGGUCGGGCUAGGAGGAGGUUCCAUGCUGAGGUCUACAUCUGGCGGAAAGAUUAGAGUCGGUCCACAAUCUGUUGGCAACGACAUCCUGACGAAAGCCUUAGUGUUCGGCGGCGAUACUACAACCGCGACCGACAUUGCAGUUGCAGCUGGUAAGAUAAACAUCGGCUCGAGGAGCCUGGUCUCGCAUAUCGAUCACGAUGUUGUCCGGCAGACGCAACUUCAUAUCAAAAGUCUUCUUGAAGAAGCGAUAGAUACAGUCAAGACUUCUCCAGAACCGCUACCCGUAUUCCUUGUCGGGGGAGGCUCGAUAUUAGCACCAGAGACUCUAUCCGGAGCUUCGAGUCUGACAAUACCCCCUUAUCACGAUGUUGCCAAUGCGGUUGGUGCCGCAUGCUCCAAAGUCGGUGCUCAGCUCGAUGAAAUCGAAGAUACAUCGCGACAAUCUCACGAUCAGGUUGUGCAGAAAGCUAAGGACCGCGCGCUCCGUAAAGCUGUGUCAUUGGGUGCGAUCGAAGAGAGCGUCUACAUUGCCGAGGUCGAGGUAAUGCCAAUACCCUACCUGAGCAACCAAACCCGCAUCAUUGUCAAAGCCAUUGGCGACGUUGAUCUUGACAGCGGCCGCACUCAGCAAGACGUGCAAGGAGACGAUGUGAACCACCUUGACGAGCUAGCAGACCCGCCGGCACAAAGUGAAACGACCAACAUGAAUGAAAGCAAAAGCAGAAGCAUCGAUCACGAUACCUACCGGCCCAGGAUAAGACCAAACUCGAGCAACGGUGUUCUGGAAUGGAAUCUCACUACAGUAGAUCUGGACUACAUCGCGAAUGGCUGUUACCUACUCGGCUGUGGUGGUGGAGGGCCACCCGAUGCCGGCAGGAUCCAACUGCAAGCCAUGCUCUCGGCCGGACAUACCAUACGCGUGGUCGACCCUUCCUCGCUCUCCAAAACCUCAGUCGUUUACUGGGGAGGCCGCAUGGGCUCGCCGUCUGCCAUCUCGGAACGCCUGCAAGCCCACGAGACUGUGCUGGCAAUCCGGGAACUCAUGGCGUACCUACGUCAGGACACCUUUGACGCCGUCAUGGGACUGGAAAUCGGCGGCUCCAAUGGCCUUGAACCUUGCCUUUGGGGUUCGUCUCGCUUCUUCGAUCGACCUGUCGUAGACGCAGACUUGAUGGGCCGUGCAAACCCCAUGUGCUGGCAGAUCACGUUGACGGUGCGUCGACCAGGCGAAUUUGUACCGUGCGCGAUCGAUUCGGGUACCGGACGCAGCAUGCUUAUGACACGGGCUCCGCGUGACGAAGAUGUCGACAGGCCACUGCGAGGCGCCAUCUCGGAAUUAGGUUCCCUGGUAGGGCUGGCAGGACGGCCGACAACGGGCGAGAUUGUUCAAGAUCAUGCCGUUCCGAACACGGUGUCAUUGGCCUGGCGCAUAGGGAGAGCCAUGGCGCUUGCCGACUCGACUAAUACCAUCUCCCGUGUUGCCGAGCGGAUUAUUGAAGAGGUUGGAGGCCAGGGAAGUGCCAAAGUCCUAUAUCGGGGCAAAAUCACAUCUAUCGAACGCAAAACGCACAAAGGCCUUUCCGUAGGUGUGUUGCACAUUACGGGAGUUGGACACACCGAAGCUGAAGGAGAUGAGCACACCUUGCAAGGCAGCACGGACGGCACCUUGCGCAUCCCGUUCAUCAACGAGAACAUCUACGCCGAGCAUACCGCCACAGAUGGCCGCACGGAGAUCCUAGCCAGCGUGCCUGAUUUGAUCGCCGUGAUUGACAAGCAAAGUGGACGCGCCGUGGGCGUUCCCGAGUAUCGGUAUGGCUGUCAGGUCGUUGUGCUAGCCAUGGCUUGUUCGCCACGAUGGACAGAAACACCGCGAGGUCUCGAGGUUGGUGGACCGAAGUCAUAUGGAUAUGAUGACAUAAAGUAUCGCCCGGUUGGUAAAUAUGUUCAACCGAGAAGUGUCAUCGAAGAAUACGGCCCCUUGGGUUAAUGGUCAGAGAGGCCUGUACCAUCCUGAUCCGGAGCAUAAUACGGUACAACCUGGCUCUUGAUGAACAAUGCCUUCUACACCGGAAUGACCAUCCUGUAUAAACGUCUCGAUUCAGGAAACCUUCUCCUCUAGCAUUGGAGACCCUAUUAACAGGCCAAAUCACAUCAUUUUAGAU